AGCGCGGCGGCGUGCGCGGGGGCUGAGGGAAGCGGGCCCCGGGGCCCCGGCUCCGGCCGCUCGCCGGCCGCUAGCGCCGCUGCCCAUCUCGGAGCCGGCUCCCGGGCGUCCAGGCCCGAGUGAGCGGCCGGGGGCCGCUGAGGGCCGGCGGCUCGCCUGGCCUCCCGCUGCGCUCGCCGCUGCACCCGGGCGAGCCUCCCCCGGCCCUCCGCGCUCCCGGCCGGGGGAGAGCGAGGUUUGCUGGCGGCCGUCGCUGUAGCCCGGCCGGGGAGUCCGGGGCAAGCGGCAGAGCCCCCGCCCACGGCCGCUCGCCCUCGGCCUGCAAUCCGCCGCCUGCGAGCCUCCGCGGGCGGGCCUCCAGUCGGAGCGGGGGCCGCGACGGCCACGGCCCGGCCCGGGCGAAAGGCUGCUCGUGGACCGCGCCGCCGCCGCCCCGGUAAGUCGGCCCCACGGCCCGCGGGGCUCGCUGCCGCCCCCGCCGGCGUCCAGAGUGCGGCCCGGACCCAGUUCUCUCACGAUUCCCCCGCCGGCGGCGGCGCCCACCGUCCGGGCCCCAAUGAGUAACUCCCGCAACAACCGAGUGAUGGUGGAGGGGGUCGGCGCCCGCGUAGUGCGCGGCCCGGACUGGAAGUGGGGCAAGCAGGACGGCGGCGAGGGCCAUGUAGGCACUGUACGGAGCUUCGAGAGUCCGGAGGAGGUCGUGGUGGUGUGGGACAACGGCACGGCCGCCAACUACCGCUGCUCAGGGGCCUACGACCUGCGUAUCCUGGACAGCGCGCCCACCGGCAUCAAGCAUGAUGGAACUAUGUGUGAUACCUGCCGCCAGCAACCAAUCAUUGGCAUUCGAUGGAAAUGUGCAGAGUGCACCAAUUAUGAUUUGUGCACUGUUUGUUAUCAUGGAGAUAAACAUCACUUAAGGCAUCGCUUUUAUAGGAUUACUACACCAGGAAGUGAACGGGUUCUGUUAGAGUCUCGUAGAAAAUCUAAGAAGAUUACAGCCAGAGGAAUCUUUGCUGGUGCCAGAGUGGUGCGAGGAGUGGACUGGCAGUGGGAAGAUCAAGAUGGAGGCAAUGGGCGUAGAGGAAAGGUAACGGAAAUCCAGGACUGGAGUGCAUCCAGCCCACACAGUGCAGCCUAUGUUCUCUGGGAUAACGGUGCUAAGAACCUUUACAGGGUUGGCUUUGAGGGCAUGUCUGAUCUCAAGUGUGUCCAGGAUGCCAAAGGAGGUUCUUUCUACAGAGAUCAUUGCCCUGUGCUAGGUGAGCAGAAUGGCAACAGGAAUCCUGGUGGAUUGCAGAUUGGUGACCUGGUAAAUAUAGACCUUGAUCUAGAAAUUGUCCAGUCUUUGCAGCACGGUCAUGGAGGAUGGACCGAUGGCAUGUUUGAGACUUUAACUACAACUGGAACCGUCUGUGGCAUUGAUGAAGAUCAUGACAUUGUAGUACAGUAUCCAAGUGGCAAUAGAUGGACUUUCAAUCCUGCUGUUCUCACUAAGGCAAACAUUGUCCGAAGUGGGGAUGCUGCACAGGGUGCAGAAGGAGGCACCUCGCAGUUUCAAGUGGGUGAUCUUGUGCAAGUUUGUUAUGAUCUGGAAAGAAUUAAACUUCUCCAAAGAGGACAUGGUGAAUGGGCUGAAGCGAUGCUUCCAACUUUAGGUAAAGUUGGCCGAGUACAACAGAUUUAUUCGGACAGUGACUUAAAGGUGGAAGUCUGUGGAACAUCUUGGACGUAUAACCCUGCAGCAGUUUCCAAGGUGGCCCCUGCAGGAUCAGCCAUUAGCAAUGCAUCUGGUGAAAGACUCUCCCAGCUUCUGAAGAAAUUAUUUGAAACUCAAGAAUCUGGUGACCUCAAUGAAGAGCUGGUUAAGGCUGCUGCCAAUGGAGACGUGGCUAAAGUGGAAGAUUUGCUGAAAAGACCAGAUGUGGAUGUAAACGGACAGUGUGCUGGCCACACAGCAAUGCAAGCUGCUAGUCAAAACGGACAUGUUGAUAUUUUGAAAUUACUUUUGAAGCAAAAUGUUGAUGUUGAAGCAGAGGAUAAAGAUGGAGAUCGAGCCGUUCACCAUGCAGCCUUUGGAGAUGAGGGUGCUGUCAUAGAAGUCCUACACCGAGGCAGUGCUGACCUGAAUGCUCGUAAUAAGCGUAGACAGACGCCUCUUCAUAUUGCUGUCAAUAAAGGUCAUCUUCAAGUUGUGAAGACUUUGUUGGAUUUUGGUUGUCAUCCCAGUCUCCAGGAUUCUGAAGGUGACACCCCUCUCCAUGAUGCCAUAAGUAAGAAACGGGAUGACAUUCUGGCAGUUCUUCUGGAAGCUGGAGCAGAUGUGACCAUCACGAACAAUAACGGGUUCAAUGCCCUGCACCAUGCUGCACUGAGAGGGAACCCCAGUGCAAUGCGUGUUUUACUCUCAAAAUUACCAAGACCAUGGAUUGUGGAUGAGAAGAAAGAUGAUGGUUAUACUGCCUUGCACCUGGCUGCCCUGAAUAAUCAUGUGGAAGUGGCUGAGCUGUUGGUGCAUCAGGGAAAUGCAAACCUGGAUAUCCAGAAUGUGAACCAGCAAACAGCCCUACACCUUGCUGUUGAACGGCAACACACCCAGAUUGUCAGGCUUUUGGUCCGUGCAGGUGCUAAGCUAGACAUUCAGGAUAAGGAUGGAGAUACUCCUCUGCAUGAAGCUUUGAGACAUCAUACUUUGUCUCAACUACGUCAGCUACAAGACAUGCAAGAUGUGGGCAAGGUAGAUGCUGCCUGGGAACCUUCAAAAAACACAUUAAUAAUGGGACUUGGUACCCAGGGGGCUGAGAAGAAGAGUGCAGCAUCCAUUGCGUGUUUCUUGGCAGCCAAUGGUGCUGAUCUCAGCAUUCGAAACAAGAAGGGUCAGUCACCACUGGAUCUCUGUCCUGACCCAAGUCUCUGCAAAGCUUUGGCAAAAUGUCAUAAGGAAAAAGUCAGUGGCCAAGUGGGUUCUCGGAGUCCUUCUAUGAUUAGCAACGAUUCUGAAACUCUAGAGGAAUGCAUGGUGUGCUCAGACAUGAAGAGAGACACUCUCUUUGGUCCGUGUGGACACAUUGCAACCUGUUCUUUGUGUUCCCCUCGUGUCAAGAAAUGCCUCAUUUGUAAAGAACAGGUUCAGUCCAGGACAAAGAUUGAAGAAUGUGUGGUGUGCUCCGACAAGAAAGCAGCUGUUCUCUUUCAACCUUGUGGGCACAUGUGUGCUUGUGAGAACUGUGCCAGCCUGAUGAAAAAGUGUGUGCAGUGUCGGGCAGUGGUUGAGCGGAGGGUGCCUUUCAUCACGUGCUGCGGUGGCAAGAACUCAGAAGACCCCUCUGACGAGAUCUCAAGUGGGAAUAUCCCAGUGCUGCAGAAGGACAAAGACAACACCAAUGUUAACGCAGAUGUGCAGAAGCUGCAGCAGCAGCUUCAGGACAUUAAGGAGCAGACCAUGUGCCCUGUGUGCUUGGAUCGCCUGAAGAACAUGAUUUUCCUCUGUGGCCAUGGAACAUGCCAGCUCUGUGGAGACCGGAUGAGUGAAUGCCCAAUUUGUCGCAAGGCAAUUGAACGAAGGAUUCUUUUGUACUGAUUAAGAAACACAGAGUGUUUUGUUAGCUAAAAAUGUAAUUAGACUAUAUAUGGACCACCAUAACAACGAAAACAUACAGUGUUUGAACUUGCCCACUUGUGUGUGUGUGUUUUCCUCUUGAAUUUGGAACAUCAAAUCCAUGAAAACUCAUAGAAAAUUUGCUUUUGGCUUUGAAGGGGAAAAUCCUUUAAGGACCUCCUUUCACAUUUUUCUAUUGCAUUUUUCUUUUUUAAUAUGUGCAUAUAUGUUAAACCUUAGGCAUUAGCUUACAAGGUCAGUAUUCCACAUGAUUAUCAUGAUUUCACAUGGUGAAAUGACAUGCUCUUCUAAAAGGUCAUACUGAAGGUGAAUGGGGCAAGUCAGCCUAUGUCAUGUAUGCUCAGUGACAGAAGUGUGGUAGAGAUAUGCCUCCUGGCUAAGGCAGUACUGAAGGAAACAUUGUAUUUCAAGAUAAUUUAAAGUUAUCCAAAUGAUUGUUUCCGAAUUUUUAAGUAAGUGAAAAUAUGUGGUAAGAGAAUAAUGACUUUACCUUCUUUUCUAGACUUAAAAGGAAAAUUGACUAACUUAAUAAAUGAAUUAUUUCAAAAUCACCAGUAGACAUGAAAGGGCAAAUUGUAGUAAGAACUGAAGGCUAGCUCAGAAUGACACAAUCACAUCUCUACCUGGUUUUCAUUGUUGGACUUCUUGUAUUAACUUCUCACUGUUUGCAUCAGCUCUUUGUAGAAAAAGGUCUGUGAAAAGCAAUUUCCGUUUUCCCUGUGACUGCUAAACUGGGCUUGAUCUAAUCAGUGCGUGCACACCAUCCUUUCUGUGUCUCUGAGGUCUCUAAAGCUGGUGCAUUGUAAGAGGCAUCAAUCUUUUCUGUAUGUCUGUUAUUUCUGACAGUGUUAUGGAUUCUACCUUCAUCCAAAGCCUUACUUCUGUUCUCUCUGAUAGUAAUUUUACUAUAAAGAACUUAGUUUUUCUUUAUACCUACAGAUGAACAUUCUUUAAACUGCCAAUAUAUACUAAGAUACAAUAAAUAGCUUAAUGUCAGAUACUUAGAAAAGGAUGCCAGGGCAUUUGUGGAAAUGCAUGGAAAAUACAUGUUGACUUGGUUAGGGGGCUAAGCAUUUUAUCUUAAAUGAGUAAUCUUUGUAUCUAGCCUAAAUAUAUGCACAUUGUUUCGAGAUUCUUCACUGCUAGAUUGUUAAAAACAAAACAAAACAAAAACCAAAACCCACCUGUCAGUUAUUUACAAUAGUGUCUACUGUGUGCUGUGUAUAAGCAUGUACUCUUAAGGAUAGUGUUCUUUGAGGAUAGUUUCCCCUGCAUUUGAAUCUGGCUAGCUUGUAUCUGUUUUUUUGCUAUAGCAACUUAAAGUGGGAGAGCAGUGUCCAGCCUGCUGUGCUGUGCUGCUGGUGGUUACUUGCGGCCCAGUGAGCUGAGCUGCUCGUUUUCAGCAGGCUCAGCAGGCUCAGCAGCUCCAGGUCUGUGUUGAGCUGAGUAACUGCUUUGUUUCUCCUUGGUGUUUUUGAGAUAGAGUCUCACUAUGUAUUCUAAGCUGACAUGGAACCUACUGUGUAGCUCAGGCUGGCCUCAACCUUAUGAUCUUCCUGCCUCUGCCUUCCAAUUGUGGGGUUAUAGGAUGGUGAUCCCACCAUAUUUAACAACUUUAAAUUACUUUGUAGGGUACAAUCCUUAUUAGUUUCAAAUUAGGAAUGUUCUAUUGUAAGGAAGCAAUGAGGCUAUUUUUUUCUAAGUAUAAUUUGAAGAGUUUUUUGCUUUUUAAAGAUACAUCUGAUGAUACGAUGUUUACAUAAAGAGACAGACUUGGAAAGAGUAGAAAUGAGGCUCUUUUCUUCCUUGCCAUAGGCUGCCCACCUCUUUCUACUUGUCAUCAGGCAAGGAGGAGUGGCUGCUAUAGAGUCUGCCAGCCCGAGAAUCUGUGUGCCACAGCUGUAUCCCACUUCAUUCCUUUCUCUGUCUCCCAGGCUGCAGUGCCAAGUCUUAUCCUGUAAAGAUUCUAUCUGUUAAGGGAUAGACCUCCUAACCAGCUCCAUCAUCUCCUCUAUGCAGAGCAGAGCACACUAGCUUAGGAGAGAGAAGCCGUCAAGUCUCUGUAGUGCUGGGAACUUCCGCUUUCUCUUUGUCACUUGGCCAUUUAUGUUAUGCAUAUUAUGGACAGAUGCACUUCUGUUCAGGUCUUCAGGCAUCUAAAAUUAUUGUAAAUUUGUUUUGGGCUUACAGGAGAUGGUAAGAGUGGGAACUGAAUCAUGCCAGUGACUUCCUCCUGCACUCUGAAACUACCUCUUAGUCUCUCUACAACACUUGGCCCUGUGGGGAUCUUUCCUUCUAGUUACCCAAACCUCUCUUUCCUGUGCCUCAGAAGAAUUCUUACUUUUCCUUAGAAUUAUUAUUACAAUGACAUGCAUUCGUUUUUUGUUGUUUUUUAAAGUAUUGGACUUGGGCUAAGUGGGGGGCAGGAAAGAAGGUCAGUGUCUUGUGUCUGUGGACAACAGGAUAGGGUCCUGAGGCGUGUUAGCGUUCUUCACUGGCGUUUCAGGAGAGCUGUCGGGAGCAAUAUUGGAUUCCCUCUCUCUGCCCCUCGGCCCACCACAUUUUCCCCUUGAUUCACGAAGACUGUCGGCUUUCUCACUGAGCACACACACAACUUAUCAGGCGCUGCUGCCACAGCUGCUCUUGUUCACAUAGUUUAACAUCCUUACCUGUGCUGUACACAUGCAGAAUUUUAUUGGGAGUGGGGUUUUCAAGAGAAUAUAAUUUUAUAUUAGUGUAAGAAUAUUAUACUAGGCAAAUGUUUAGUUAUCUGAAUUAUGCUUAAGGUAUGCUUAAGGUAUUGUAAUUUAAUAAUGGCAGGUUAACCAGAAGUCUACUGAAACAUAAAAUUAACUGGAAAUAAUUCCUUAAAUUUUAUAUUUUUGAAGACUUUAGCCUGAAACAACCUUUUACUUUAGAAUGUUGAAAAUGCAUGCUGCUUAAGAUUUGUCUAGUUCAAAAUUCAAACCUUGCUGGGUCAUUUUCACACAGGGAACAUUCUGGUAGUCAUUUAUUGCCUGGUGGAUGUUUUUUGUUUAUUUUGAAUUCUGGACACUUUUUGGAUGAGGAAUAGUUAAACUUGUCACUUAGGACAAAGCUGGAUGCAGCAGAGCUGGUUUCGGGGUUUGGGGUUGUUGCAACAAAUAGGAAACAAAAACAGUGAGCUCAGAGGAAUGGAGCAUUGUGUAGGAUUUGCCACGGUAUUGGUAGGGAGGGUGUAUUUAACUAAAACAUAGAAGGGGUCUAUAAGGUCAGUUCUUCAUAUGGCUUGUCAGUUGUUUUGUAAAUUACAGACUUUAACACGACUUCCUCUUUUAAGGCCCAAAAGGAAAAACAUUUAUCCUUUCAGAGUGUCUGGAAUGUUUAUAGUAAUAAUUUCUAUAAAAACACUCAUGGAUACAUUUUUGGUGUUUUUUUUUUAAAUUGCAGUGAGAACCACAUAUCAUAAGGUUUGUUGUCCUGACUGCUUCUAAACAUGCAGUUCAGAAGGGUCACUUCCUCUCCGUUUGUUGGGAAACAAGCAUAGAACUUUAUCCUGCACCUGUCAAAUGCUUCCUUCUUCCUUCCCUCUGGGCAGCAGGGCUCUGACUCCUUAGAACACGGACACUCAGAUUACUGCCGAGAGCCAUUUGUGUUUGCAAGAUCCAAACCCAGGUCAACAUCACGCUCCUGAGAUCUGAGGAAGGGCAUCUCUCCCCUGCCAUAACUGCUAUUUUUUUUACAUGUAUGUUAAUUGAAAGAGUUUAUUAUUUCGUUAUGAGCCAGAGGGGGAAGCACAUUUUAAAUAUGGGAAAUAAGUUAGCUUUGGUUUUGUACUGUAUUGGGAAGGUAAUAGAUUUUCACAAGUAAUUUGUGCCUUGUUAUAAAUAUCAAUUGUCGUUGAGUCUACCUGUCAAAGUUACAGAAUACAUUUUUCUUUCAAAAUGGCAACCUGAUUUAACUUGCUUGAAUAUUACAAUAGGAAUGCUUACUGAUACUACUUGAUAAUCAUGUAUAUCCUUUUGACUUAUACACACGAACACACAUGAGACAACAGUAUUGAUAAUUGCAGUUGUAUGUCUUUAAACACUAAAUGUAGGAAGCUUUUUAAUGUUGUCUUGUGUGUGUGUGUUGCUUUACUGCAGUGAGGGAGAAAUCCUUUGCAUCAAGCUUCAGUGGCUGAUAAGUGGCUAGCAGUGGGUAAAAUUACAAUGUAAAAAUAGGAGUGGAUAGUUAAUAACGUUAAGUUGCUACCUUGGCAUUUUCUACCUCCUUUUCUACCAGAAUACUGCUUUUCUUUCACCCAUCUAGCAUCUUGUCUUAUUUGUGGGAGAAAAGGAAACAACCUGAAGAUAAAGUUAGAAUUUUUUUUUUUUUGAGAAUUUAAGCAAUAGAUACAGGAAAAGUGGCCUGUCACAGUAAUUUGGUGCCUCAAUGCAGAGGUUUGAACGGAUAGACACAACUGUCUAAGAAGGGGAGUAGUGCUGAGUGGGUGCACUGUCCUGCAGAGUUCUCUUGAUUUUACUUCAUAAACAUGACUUCUUUCUUCAGAAGCAAAGUGCUUUUCUAAUUUUUUAUGAAAUAAGCAAAUCUGCCAUUUUGUCUGAGUACAGUUUCAGGAAGCUAUUGAAAGUUCUGACUCAGGGCUUUUUAACCGUUAAAGCAAUUGUUAAUAUAUUUUGGAAACUCCAUCUGCAUAACUCUUCAGUGCCUUGAUUAACUUGGCAACACUUAAAAAAACUUUGUACUAGGUAACCUUCAGUGCAUCAGUCACGAUAUGCACGUUCUAAUCAUCCUGCUAAGCAUGUGCAAGAACACCUCUGCGUGUGGGUUUGCAUAAUUCUAUAAGGGAAGUGUUCUACAUUUGCACUUGAUACUUUUUUUUUAUUAUUACUUGUUUUUUUACAAACUGAUUAUUCAAGGCCAUGGCACUGUUACCAGAAAAAUGGUGUUUGCUGUCUAUAUGCAAGUCUAUAUAGCUGCUGGGGAGAGGACAGAGCUCACACUUUGUAUCUAAUACGAAAAGAAGAUCAAUACAAAAAAAAAAAAAAAGAUCAUCUUCCUCUCAAGUGGAAACCAAACCAAGCCAAACCCUUUGUUUAAGUGGUUCAGUUAAAUGAUUAAUUGAAAGGAAAUCAUGAAUUGCAUGUCAUUCUUCAUGCUGAUCUGUAGACUAAAAGCAUGUUUUUCUGUCUCCUUCAGGAUGUGUCUGCCAUUCUAAGUACAGUAUAUUCAAAUGGUGGAAAAAAAACUGACUCAAAUGUUUUGCGCUUUGUAAUUUUUCCAGUUCUUUUUAGCUUUCAAUGUUGGAAUAAAUUUAAGUCUUGUUUAUGGCUAAAGUUUCUGUAUGGAAAAAUGAUUCUUGCUUAUUAGCUUUUGUUUAAGAAAAAAAGCUUAGUAAAAACUAAGCUUUUAAAAAUAAAUGCAAACAUUUACCAUUAAUAAAAUCUGUGGUGUAAUAUGUUUUUCUCUGACUUUUG